GAACACACUCCGACUGACUGGAGCUCCGCUGCGGUAUACGGCGGAGCACCCGACGCUGAAGUAGGUGGCAAAAAGUUGCUCCUAACUAACUUUUCGGUCGACGCAUAACACCGAGAGACGCCACUGGAGUUUGUAAAGCCAAAAGUCCCCCCCCCCCCCCCCAGUCGGACAUGAGGAGCCCUCCAGGCUCGGGCCACUGAGCUGCUGAGGUCAGAGUUCAAGUGCUUGUUCCAGCAGUCAUGGCUGACACGGAGGGGCUGCCCAUGGCCCCGGGCCAGAUCUACAUUGAGGUGGAGUACGACUACGAGUAUAAGGCAAAGGACAAGACGGUGAUCAUCCGCCAGGGAGAGUGCUACAUGCUGGUGAAGAAGACCAAUGAGGACUGGUGGCAGGUCAGGAAGGAGGAGGGCAUGAAGGCCUUUUACGUGCCGGCGCAGUACGUCAGGGAGGUGCGCCGGGCGCUCUUGCCCCCCCAGAAGCCCACCUUGAGGGCCAAGCCCACCGUUUUGGAUAUCUGCCAGGCAUCCGAUGAAAACCUCAACAGACCCCAGCCGGAAAUGUCCAGCUUCGGGCGGCCGUCGCCUUCCUCUACCCCGUCGCCGUCCUCUGAUCGCGUCGCGCCGCCGGUUCUAUCCAAGGACGCCAACCAGAACCCGGGGAGUCCACAUCACUGCAAGUUGGUAGCUGAACUGGUACUUCUUCACAACAACAACAACCAUCACCACGCCAACAAUUCCACAUUGCCAAGGACACGGGCAGACUCGCCUCCGCUCAAAGUGGGGAACAACCACAACAAAAGCCCAGACAGUGACAAGGCGUCCCCACCGAGCGACCUGCCGGGGGAUCGCCUGAACAAGCUCCACAAUGACUCGGAGUCUGGGGACGAGCUGAGCAGCAGCUCAACAGAACACAUGCAGACAACAUCCCCUACAGGUCCGGGCCGGUCCGACUCGCCGGUCUACACCAACCUGCAGGAGCUGAAGAUCUCUCAGUCCAGCUUGCCGCCCGUCCCAUCCAGCUCCCCUCUCCACAUCUUGGGCGACUGGGAGACCCACAAAGACCUGAGCGGCAGGCACUUCUACUACAACCGCGCCAGCGGGGAGCGGACCUGGAAGCCCCCGCGCACCCGGGACGCCAGCGGCAGCACCAGCAGUAUCCGAGGAGACAGCCAGGGCACAGCGGAGAGUGAGCCGCUGUCUUCUGAGGAAAACUGUCACAGCACCAACUCGAGUCAGUCUGACAGCCAGUACGGGUCGUCCCCGAGAGGCUGGUCUGAGGAGCUGGAUGAACAUGGACACACGCUCUACGUCUCUGAAUACACACAGGAGAAGUGGAUAAAACAUGUGGAUGAACAAGGUCGGCCCUACUACUACAGCGCCGAUGGAUCCAGGUCAGAAUGGGAGCUGCCCAAGUACAACAUGUCCCCUCAGUCCGGCGAGGUUCCCAAGAGUCGCAGUCUGGAGAGGAAGCAGCAGGAUCCCAUCGUCCUCACCAAGUGGAGACACAGCACCUACGUCUUAGACCUCAACGACAAGUUCUCGUUCAAACUCCGGCGGUUCACUUCCAACUCGCACAGGAGGAGAUUCCAUCUCUCUCUUUGCCGUGAUAAAGAGUGUGCUCCGGUGCCCAAGCAGAGCUCUCCAGACUCUGGCUCCUGUCCCUCAUCUCCUAAGCACCCGUCGACCCCCUCGGAGAAGUGCGGAGUCCUCAAUGUCACCAAAAUCACAGAGAACGGAAAGAAAGUCAGGAAGAACUGGACCUCCUCGUGGACAGUGCUGCAGGGUUCCUCCCUGCUCUUCGCAAAGGGUCAGGGGGGCAGCACCAGCUGGUCAUACUACCGCAGUGGCUCCAUCCCUGAGCUGCUCCUCACUCUCCUUAGCAACUGGAAGCGCUCAGUCAAGCCCCGUCCUGCUGUCUCCUAUGUGAACUGUAGUCCUGUGCAGGCGGCCGCUAAGUUUGGGAGCAACCAGUCGAAGCCUGAGUUCACUGUGGAUCUGCGAGGGGGGUCGGUGGAUUGGGCAUCCAAGGACAAGUCCAGCAAGAAACACGUCAUCGAGCUGAAGACUCGUCAAGGGACGGAGCUGCUGAUCCAGUCAGAGAUCGACAGCGUCAUCAACGACUGGUACCGGGCUCUCACAGAGACCAUCAACACACAUGCCUGGGAGUCAGACGAGGCCAUUGAGGAAGACAUGCCCGAGUCUCCAGGAGCUGAGAAACAAGACAAGGAGAAAGACCACCGGGACUCCAAGAAAAACAGAGUGAUGAAGACGUCUGUGAGUAUGGACUCAUCAGACCAGAAGAAAACCAGGUUGAAGCUUAAGAAGUUCCUGACCCGUCGACCCACCUAUCAGGCUGUCCGAGACAAGGGAUAUAUCAAAGAUCAGGUGUUUGGCUGCAGCCUGAGCAGUCUGUGCCAGCGGGAGAACACAUCCGUACCCAACUUUGUCACAAUGUGUAUCGACCAUGUGGAGAACACAGGUCUCAGUAUUGAUGGCUUAUACAGAGUGAGCGGGAACUUGGCAGUGAUCCAGAAGCUCCGCUUUGCUGUCAAUCAUGAUGAGAAGGUGGAUCUGAAUGACAGUAAGUGGGAGGACAUCCACGUCACCACGGGAGCUCUCAAGAUGUUCUUCAGGGAGCUUCCCGAGCCUCUCUUCACAUACGGGUCCUUUGACGACUUUGUCGACGCCAUCAAAUGCUCCGACUACAAGCAGCGAGUGAAUUCAAUCAAAGACUUAAUAAAGAAGUUGCCAAAACCCAACCACGACACAAUGCAAGGCCUCUUCCAGCACCUGCGGAGGGUGAUUGACCACGGGGAGGCCAACCGCAUGACCACCCAGAGCGUGGCCAUAGUGUUCGGACCCACGCUGCUCCGGCCCGAGACCGAGACGGGCAACAUCGCGGUCCACAUGGUCUACCAGAACCAGAUAGUGGAGCUCAUACUGCUCGAGUACGAAAGCAUCUUCGGCAGGUAGAAGGCACCCCACUCGAAAAAGGGAUGCUGGGCUUUUUCAAAACAGACUUCUUUUUCCCCCCCUCCCCCUCUUUUCUUUCAAUAAACUGAACAUUGCUGUGGACCAAGCAGUUGUGGGAGAAUUUAACCUUCAUUGACAGGACAGUUUAUGGAAGUGAUGCACUUAUAGUUUUGGAGAAUAAAAAAAAAAUAAAAUAAAAAAGGUGUACAGAUUUCCCUUGCUUUUUCAGUUGCCAUUCCUGCUGCGAGUAGCAGGCCGGACAGCAGACAGUGUUUCAGAGUGAUGACGUGUGGACGUCCGUGUGAUUUGGUGGAUUCGAGCAUUCAGGUGUUUUCACAUACACUGGAUCCCUGUGGCCAGUAAUUUACAACGGUGGAACUCUUCGCCUUCUGGUGGAAACCGACCAAGCUUUGGAUCGGGGGGUGGGGGGGCGCGCAUGGCAUUAACCAGCCAAAACCAGCAACCUCAUCACCUCGCUGAAGGAUAUGAGCUGAAUCUGAACUGAAGAGGUUCUUCUGUGUCGUGGAGCUUUGUCUGUGAUGUAUAAGCCCUGUGUGGUUAUGGAUCAGGUGGGGGAAAAUAAUAAUCAGUGUUAUGUUAACAGACUGUCAUUUGGCACUUGGAUGAACUGGAUCAUGUUCCCAACUCACCUUAGCGACACCAUCACCACCCAUCCCUCAUCCCCCUUUUAGCCAGUGUUAACCAUUAACCCUGUGAUAAUGAGUGUCCUGUGACUUGAAUGAUGGAGGACAAGCCCUGUGUGUGUGUGUGUGUGUGUGUGUGUGUGUGUGUGUGUGUGUGUGUGUGUGUGUGUGGGUGUGUGUGUGUGUGUGUGUGUGUGUGUGUGUGUGUGUGUGUGUGUGUGUGUGUGUGUGUGUGUGUGUGUGUGUGUGUGUGUGUGUGUGUGGUGUGUGUGUGUGUGUGUGUGUGUGUGUGUGUGUGUGUGUUAAAUGGAAUAAAACCUGAGCAGAAGCAUCCUCGUCUUGCCACUUUGUACAAACUGUGUGUUGUGUAGUCUUACGUGCUUUGGUCAAGUUUCCGUUAAGCUGCCGGCGUCAUCGUCUCAUCAACUUCAGUGUUGGUUUCUUCAGUGGCAGGAAACGUCACCGAGGUCCUGGCGUUACUGGACAAAAAGAAAAAGUGGAUUUGUGGGGACUGCAAUGUUACCAAUUGUAGAUGAAUUGUCUCUGUCGACUCUUCUCUUCAACUAAGCUAAUAUUAACGAGUAUUCAGAGAAGGGAAAACGGUACUGAAAAUAUUUCAAAGGUUGAUGAAUGGGAGCGUAUGGUUGUUAAAAUGCAAAGGAGAGCCUUCAAAAAACCUUUCAGAGCAUAUUUACAGUGACAGAAACUAGUUGUUAAAAUGUGUUAUAGUGACUGAGGUAUGUAUGCUUUGAUGGUGAAUUAGUGAAAGAUGAUUUUUUUUUUGUAAAUUUGAAUUAAAACAUGACAAUAAGUGGAUUGUGGAGGAAAAAAAAAACACAUGAUCAACUGUUACUUUUGUUUGAAGGUGUAUCUGGAGUGUUUGCGCAUGGUCAGCUGCACAUUUUGAAUGUAAUUUUCAGGCUAACUGCUGUUUGUGAAACUGCUAUGUCUAAUAAAAAAGACAAACUAAA